AUGGAUAACAGGAAUCUACCUGGUGGUGAUUUGAAUGACAUGUUCAUCUUUAAUGAGAUAAUUGGACACCUCGGCCUUUUGGAGUUGCCCAUCAAAGCCAGGUCCUACACUUGGUCCAAUAUGCAGGAUGAUCCACUCCUUGAGCAGCUUGACUGGUUCUUCACUUCUGUUGAUUGGAUCUCUGAUUAUCCCAUGACUGAGGUGCUACCCCUUGCCAGAACUGCUUCUGACCAUGUGCCUUGUAUGGUUACAAUUAAAACUUCUAUUCCCAAGUCUAAUAUCUUUAGGUUUGAGAAUUAUUGGUUGGAGUUGGAGGGUUUUAUGGACUGUGUUGAUUCCUCAUGGCAGAAACAAUCCAGAAAGGGCCAUAUUACUGCCAGGAUAGCUGACAAAUUUAAGUCCUUGAGAAUGUGUCUCAAAAGGUGGCAGAAGAGCAUUUCUAAACUGAAAACUCUAAUUUGUAAAUGCAAUAGUGUUAUCCUGCUCUUGGAUGAGCUUGAGGAAUAUAGAACACUCUACAGACAGGAAUCAAAUUUCAGGAUUGUGGUUAAAUACCAUGUUGAGAAAUUGCUCCACCUUCAAUAUCUCUAUUGGAGGAAAAGAUGUACUAUCAGAUACAUCAAAGUGGGUGGUGAGAACACCAAGUUCUUUCAUGCUAUGGCCACGGAGAGAUACCGAAGAAAUUCUAUUGCUAGCUUAAAACUGCCUGAUGGUACGGUGGUGACUGAUCAUUCCCAAAUGGAGGGUAUUAUCUGGGAUUGUUUUAAGAACAGAAUGGGUUCUUCCAGGGGAAUUAACAUGGGCUUUGAUCUUUCUUCCCUUAUUGAACCAGUUGUGGGAUUGGAUGUUCUCACUAAGCCUUUUGAGAAGGAGGAAAUGGACUUGAUUGUCAAGCACAUGCCAGUUGAUAAAGCUCCAGGUCCAGAUGGUUUUAAUGGUCUUUUCUUCAAAAGGAAGUUCAGGUGCAAAAAGGGUGUCAGACAGGGUGAUCCAGUCUCUCCUCUCCUUUUUGUCCUAGCUGCUGAUCUCCUGCAGACUGUAAUUAAUGACAUGUUCAGAAGGGGCAUUCUUCAGUUACCUAUUCCUUGUCAUGAUCAGGACUACCCUGUGGUUCAGUAUGCUGAUGAUACUCUUAUUAUCUUGCCUGCUGACAAGGACCAUCUUCUAGCUCUCAAGGAUAUGCUCAGGAUCUUCUCUGAGUCCACUGGUCUGGAUGUGAACUAUCACAAAUCCUUCAUUAUUCCCAUCAAUGUGGACACUACUGUCAUGGAUGAAUUAGCUUCUGCAUUUGGCUGCCAGAUUGGGAAAAUGCCUUUUACCUACCUUGGGUUGCCAGUGGGAACUACAAGGCCUAAAAUGCUGGAUUUUAUGCCACUGGUUGAUUGCAUGGAGAGGAGAAUGACAGCUAGUUCAUCUUUUCUGAAUCAGGGGGAAAGGCUUCAGUUCCUUAACUCUGCUCUGUCAUCUAUGCCCAUUUUCUUCUUGUGCAGUUUGGCUGUCCCAGCUGGAAUUCUUAAACAAUUGGAAAGAAUCCAGAGACAAUGCCUCUGGAGGAGGAAUAGGGGUCAGCCUGCCCCCUCCCUAGCUGCGUGGGACCUUAUUUGCAGGCCAAAAAACAGGGGAGGUCUUGGCAUUCUCAACCUUGGUUCCCAGAACGUUGCACUUUUGAUCAAACAUGCCAAUAAUUUCCUUAAUAAAAAGGAUCUCCCUUGGGUUUCUUUAAUUUGGGAUACCUACUACCAUAAUAGGGUCCCCCAGGGAACUUCUGAUUGUGGCUCAUUCUGGUGGAAGGAUAUUUGCAAGGUCAUGCAUCAUUUUAGGGAGUGUGCUUGGGUUCAGAUUAAUGCAGGGAACACUGCCCUCAUGUGGUCAGAUAACUUGCAGUAUGAUGGUCAGGUGUCUAGCCUUCAGCUCAGAUUUCCCAGGCUCUAUUCCUAUGUUAAGGACCCCUGGAUUACUGUUAUGGAAUUCUUGGGCUCUCAGGACAUUUUCCAGCAUUUCCACCUUCCUUUGUCCAGCCAGGCUUUUGAUGAACUGACUAUUCUCCAGUCCAUGUUGGGUGGCCUUAUUAGAGCACCUGGGUCCAAGGAUAUCUGGUUUUGGAAGGGCACUGCCAAGGGAUACUCACCAAAGCUGUUUUACUCACAUACUUUUGUCUCAGCAUCUUUCAACCCUUUGACAGCUUGGAUCUGGAAGUCCUCUUGUACAAUGAAAAUCAAAGUUUUUGCUUGGAUGCUUAUUAUGGACAGGUUGAACACCAAGGACAUGGUGGAUAGGAGGCAUUGGCAUUUGGAGGAUGGAGUGAGCUGUGUCCUUUGCCCUUUGCAGACUAGGGAAACAAGGGAUCAUUUGUUCUUCAAUUGCAACUUUAGUGUCAGAAUUUGGAACUAUCUGCAAAUUGAUUGGUCUUCUGGUGACUCCAUGGCUCAUUUGGUUCUUAAUGCUAGCAGGAGUUUUAGGAAGCCCUUCUUCACUGAAGUGGUGUUCAUUGCUUGCUGGAAUAUCUGGAUCAUCAGGAAUGCUAAGGUCUUCAGGUUGAACACCAAGGACAUGGUGGAUAGGAGGCAUUGGCAUUUGGAGGAUGGAGUGAGCUGUGUCCUUUGCCCUUUGCAGACUAGGGAAACAAGGGAUCAUUUGUUCUUGAAUUGCAACUUUAGUGUCAGAAUUUGGAACUAUCUGCAAAUUGAUUGGUCUUCUGGUGACUCCAUGGCUCAUUUGGUUCUUAAUGCUAGCAGGAGUUUUAGGAAGCCCUUCUUCACUGAAGUGGUUUUCAUUGCUUGCUGGAAUAUCUGGAUCGUCAGGAAUGCUAAGGUCUUCAGGCAUGAGAGAGCUAGAUUUAAUAAAUGGAGAUCUGCUUUCAUUCAUGACAUCAGCUUAAUGCAGUAUAGAGUGAAAGCUGCCCACAAAGAUGAUCUUCUACGCUGGAUUUCAUUCCUACCACCUUGA